AUGUCUCAAGUAACCAUAGACACCAACGAAAUCGACAUCGUAAUCGCUGCAUUCCAUUCCGAUCUCACCUCCUUCCUCGAAUCAUGGCGUCCAAUCUUUUCCCGAUUCCAUUUGAUCAUCAUCCAAGAUCCCGACCUCAAACAAGACCUAAAAAUCCCAAAAGGAUUCGACAUCAACAUCUACACCAAAUCCGACAUCGACAAACUAAUCACCCCUUCCAAUUCCGCCAUUUUCUCCGGCUACUCCUCCCGCUACUUCGGCUACCUAAUCUCAAAACGAAAAUACAUCGUCUCAAUCGACGACGACUGCGUUCCCGCCAAAGACAACAACGGCGAGUUAGUCGACAUCGUGACACAACACAUCGUGAAUCUCAAAACCCCCGCGACUCCUUUCUUCUUCAACACGCUUUACGAUCCGUACAGAAACGGGUCGGAUUUCGUCCGAGGGUAUCCGUUUAGCUUACGGAGCGGCGUCCCUUGCGUACUGUCGUGUGGUCUCUGGCUUAACCUCGCCGACUACGACGCGCCGACGCAAGCCCUAAAGCUGGAGUCGAGAAAUCUCCGGUAUGUGGAUGCAGUUAUGACAGUGCCGAGGAAGGCGAUGAUGCCGAUGAGCGGGAUUAACAUUGCGUUUGAUCGGGAGAUUCUCGGGCCGGCGUUGUUGCCGGGGUUGAAGCUUGCGAAGGAAGGGAAGUUCCGGUGGGAGACGAUGGAGGAUGUGUGGUGUGGGUUGGUGGUGAAGGCGGUGUGUGACCAUCUCCGAUUGGGGGUGAAGAGUGGGGUGCCGUAUGUGUGGCGGAAUGAGAGAGGAAGUGCGAUUGAUAGUUUGAAGAAGGAGUGGGAAGGGGUUAAGUUGAUGGAGGAGUUGGUGCCGUUUUUUCAGACGGUGGAGUUCUCGGAGGGGUGUGUGACGGCGGAAGGGUGUGUGAUGGAGAUGGCGGCGGCGAUUGAGAAAGAGUUGGGUGGGAAGCAUCCGGAGGUGGCGAAUGCGGCAGAGAAGAUGGUGGAGUGGGUGAAGUUGUGGAAGGAGGUGGAAUCGAGGGUUUUGGGUUGA